AGCAAACUUCAUUAAACACAUCAGAUCAUGAACAUCCGUCUAUGUUAGUUUUACUUUAUCUAACUGCUCCUGUGUGUUUAUUACGAAUUAAUCUUCCUUCCUACUUUCAUUCUGAACCUGAGGAAAAGAGAAGGAGAAAUCUUUCCUAAAUGGCGACGCAGUGUGUAACCAAAGUGGAGCUGACCGUCUCCUGUGAACACCUACUGGACAUGGAUGUGGGCUCCAAGUCUGACCCUUUGUGUGUCCUGCAAAUGAACUCAUCUGGAACCCACUGGUUUGAGGUGGGCCGCACAGAGAAAAUUCAGAAUUGUCUGAAUCCAAAGUUUUCCAAAAAGCUGCUGGUUGAUUAUCACUUCGAGCUGGUGCAGAAGCUCAAGUUCGGCAUUUAUGAUAUAGACAACAAAACCGUCGAACUGAGUGAUGACGACUUCCUUGGAGAGCUGGAGUGCACUUUGGGACAGAUUGUUUCCAGUGGGAAGCUGACCAGACCGCUUAUCUUAAAGAACAAAAAACCAGCAGGAAAAGGAACCAUUACUAUAAUGGCAGAAGAAAUUAAGGACAACAGAGUGGUCAAUUUUGAAGCACAGGCCAGAAAACUGGAUAAUAAGGAUUUCUUCGGAAAGUCUGACCCUUACCUGGAGUUUUACAGGCAGAAUGAGUCAGGAUGGCAGCUCGCCCACAGAACUGAGGUGGUGAAGAACAACCUUAACCCCUGCUGGAGACCUUUCAAAAUCCCUCUGCAGUCUCUCUGCGGAGGAGACAUGGACAAACCCAUCAAGGUGGAGUGUUACGACUAUGACAAUGAUGGGUCACAUGACCUUAUUGGAAUUUUUGAAACAAAUAUGAAGCGACUGCAGGAGGCGACGCGUGUUUCCCCAGCAGAGUUUGAUUGUAUUAACAUAAAGAAGAAGCAGAAAAAGAAGAAUUAUAAAAACUCUGGGGUUGUGAGUGUAAAACUUUGCCAGGUUGUGAGAGAGUACACAUUCUUGGAUUACAUCAUGGGUGGCUGCGAGAUCAAUUUUACUGUUGGAGUGGACUUCACUGGAUCAAAUAGGGACCCAAGAUCUCCUGACUCCUUGCACUACAUCAGUCCUACUGGGGUGAACGAGUACCUUUCUGCCAUCUGGUCUGUUGGUCUGGUGAUUCAGGACUAUGACAGUGACAAAAUGUUUCCAGCUUUUGGAUUUGGAGCACAGAUUCCCCCAAACUGGCAGGUGUCUCAUGAAUUCCCUCUCAACUUCAAUCCAUCGAAUCCUUACUGUGCUGGAGUAGAGGGCAUGGUGGAGGCUUACAGAAAGUGUCUGCCUCAAGUAAAACUUUAUGGUCCCACAAAUUUUUCUCCCAUCAUCAGACACGUAAGCGGCUUUGCCCAGCAGGCGCUACGAGAUAAUAAAGCAUCUCAAUACUUAGUGCUGCUAAUCAUCACGGACGGCGUGAUCACAGACAUGGAUCAGACCUGCGCUGCCAUCGUAGCUGCCGCCCAUUUACCCAUGUCGAUCAUCAUCGUGGGUGUCGGUGACGCAGACUUCGCCGACAUGGAGAUUCUGGAUGGGGACGACGGGCGUUUAAGGUCUCCUUCCGGAGAGACGGCCAUACGAGACAUCGUGCAGUUUGUGCCCUUCAGGAAAUUUCAGAACGCACCUAAGGAGGCGCUGGCACAGAGUGUUCUGGCAGAAGUUCCUGGUCAGGUUGUCAGUUUCUUUAACAUGUUAAAGCUAAGCCCCCUCAACUCCAGCACACCUGUAGCUGCUCCUGCAGGCCAGACAAACUAAAUUAAUUCCUUAGAAAGCCCUAGCGCAUGUGAAGCUGGGUGUACAAAAGUAAAACAAACCAUGUAGCCUAACAUUUUAAUAAUCCAGGGACAGUAUUACAUCCUUACCUCUUAUUCAGAUUAUGUUCACAUUAUUAAUGUGGCCCAAUUAUUUUUCAUAUGUUAUAUUUUAAGUUGAAAUAUUUGAAGCCACUUUGUGAUCCUAAUACGUGAUUAAUACAUGGCCAUGCUUUAAUAAUGAGAACUAUAAUCUAGAGAUGGGCUCGAUCCGAUCCCGGAUCGGUAUCGGGUCCGAUUUUGAUGUCAUGACUUCAGUCAGUAACAGAAAAAAAUAACAUUAGUUUUAUUUUAUUUAUUUUACUAAAAUGUUCUUUGUAUGGAAAUAUUUUGGUCUGGAAACACAGAAAAGCAAAACAGCCGCUCAGGUGGCGCAGCGGUAAAACACACGCUGUUCACCAGAGCUGAGAACUCGAAUACAUCGUAUCGAAUCUCGACUCUGCCUUGCCGGCCGAGGCUGAGCGGCCACAUGAACAACGACUGGCCUGUCGUUCAGAUAAGGGGCGGGAUUAAGCCGGAUGGGGACUCUCUCUCAGACUAGUGCGAUUACGACCUUUGCUGGCUGGUUGGUGGCGCCUGCACAGAGGUGGGAAAGGAGUGCAGUAGAGGGUGUGGCCCUCCGUGCACAGCGCUCGUCAAGUGUAGGUGAUAAGAUGUUCGAUUGCUGUGCACGUGUCGGAGGGGGCGUGGAGCAGCCUCGUCCUCCCCAAUCAGGAGCGGGGACCAGCAUUAGUGAGAGGAUGAUUGACGGGUAGAAAUUGGAAGCGCUAAAGCGGGAGAAAAAGGAAAAAAAAAAAGAAAAAACAGCUACUUGCAAUGUGUGCAAAGCUAGCGUGUCAAGGGGUGGAAGUAAGGUUUCGUCGUAUAGCACGACUAACUUCAUCAAGCACCUGCAGAAACUUAAAAACCUAACAGAGAAAACAAAUGCACAAGAUAAUGUUAUUUUUUUGCUCUUUUAAUAUGAUGUUCUGUGUGGUUUCAGCCUCAUAAUGUAACCCUUAGCACAAUAACAAUCAUAAUAAUAUUAAAGUAUCGGUUUCAGUAUCGGUAUCGGUAAACUUGGAUCGACCCAUCACUACUAUAAUCUCAGACAGAAUCUCUACCAGCAGACAUCACUGCUGGCAGGGGCUGUACAGAUAUGUGCCAUUAAUUGAUUGCCUUAUUAGUUUUUUUUCUAUUUUAUCAAACUAAAAUCACAUUUGUUAUGAUGAAUGUGCAUCAUAAUUUUAAAUAUGAAUACUGGAUAUGUGUAAGAAAUCUGAAUUGAGCUGUAACACUUGUAUUGUUAAUGUAACCUAGGUGUAUGUUUACAUGUAUUGGCUGCACAUGCUAAAAAAUGGUAUUUUUCUUUUGUUUAAAUUUGUUAUUUUUUUUCUGUCAGCUUUUCAGAAUUGCCAAAAUUAGUUUUUAAAACUAAUAAUAUUUUCUUUGUCUUUAUAUGAGGAUUUUAUUUUUCAGAGGAAUUUUAUUGUUUGACAUGAUUUAAACAAAUUGUAUUUUUAAUAAUGUUUUUAUGUUCUUUGUGUAGUAGUAGCUCAGUGGUUAAAGUACUGGUCUAGUGAUCAAAAGAUCACUGGUUCAAGCCUUGCCUUUGCCAUGUUUCCACUGUUGGGCCCCUCGGCAAGGCCCUUAACUCCUCAAGCGCUUGUAUUGUAUUCAGUAACAUUUAUAAGUCGCAUUGGAUAAAAGCGUCUGCUAGAUGCCAUAAAUGUAAUUGUGUAACGUGGCUCAUCUUCUGAAUGAAUUCUACAGUGAAACAACGUUAGGAGUCGUGUCCUCCUGCGAUGCCAUUUUAGCCAGCAAAGGGGGCACCGAGGCUCAGAUGAUUUCAUUAUAUUUUCUCUCUCUUAGAUUCGCAAGCUCAUUUCUUGCAAACCUGCUUUUCUCACAUAGACCAUGAUGUCAGGCUUGGUCCGGUUUCUGUUUUUAGGGAACUUAACUGCUUUGUGGCAGUUAUGGGGUUUGGAACCCCCCUGGACGAGUGAGUGGGCAGUCGAUAGUGUGAGCUUACCGUUCAUCUUUCGCCGCCCUUGGCUUGUGUUAGGGUUCCCUAUCUUUCCUUUUUCUGAGAAUCGAGUUGUCACAGACAACUGGAAACCAGUUUACAAUUCUGCACUGUUCCUGUUCUGUCCACUAUCUCCGUUGAGGGCUGCAAGAUGUUGCUUUGUUAUUUGUUUUGUGUCUUUUGGCCACUGUAUUGUUUUACCUUGUUUAUAACGUCUCUCACCUGGAUUCUAUAGCAUUCUUGCAGGUGUGGGGCUUCUCCUUCUGAUUAAGCAUCGAGGUGCGACCCGCACUGUUUUACUUUGACUUCUCAUUGGUGCCAUUAUAUUAAUUACUGUGUUUAUGCAUAAACUGUUGGUGCAUAUAGAGGUUUUAAGCAUAAAAAUUUACUAUAUGCUUUGCUUAUAUAGUUAUGGCACAAAGUACAAUGAUGUUUAACCAAAUGAAUAAUGUUCUAUGCAGUUUUAUGCCAAGCUUUCAACACUCCUGCUCAAACUCCAUGUUUUGUUUUGGUGUUCAGGUAACACUUGAUUAUGACUUUUUUCUUCACGUUGAGUUUACAGUACGUUUUCUAUACAUAUUUCUUACAACUUGUAUGAUCAAUUCAGCAAAUAAACAGUAAUAAUAAUAAAUGCCUAAUACAUUUUGUUUUUGUUAACUGCUUGUGAAUUACCUUUAUUUUUAGUAAAUAAUCUUUUAGUUGUUUAGUUUAACUUUACAUUUUACAUCAUAACAUACAGUUAAAAGUACCUGCUAAAGAGGAGGGAAAAUCAGAAGCCACAUAAUAUAAAGAAAUAAAAUAUUUGACCUCUUUAUGUAAUUCCUGACAGUUCACAAUACGUUUUCUUUACGUUUAGUUAGUAUUUACCUGCACUGCACAUUAUAAUAUGUGACUAUAACCUGAAUGAUCCCUUUAGCAAAUAAACAGUAAUUGUGCUUUAAUUUGAGAAGUUCGUUUGAGGUAAAGGAUGAGUUAACAUCAUUUUAUAUAAAUAAACAAAACAUGGAAUUUGAUCAGGGGUGUCUAAACAUUUGCAAGAGAAAUAUUGUAUUUAAUAUUUUUAUUGGGCCCCUGUGAGUGACGACUCGCCAGGUGGCUUCAUGUCUGAAUGUUCAGGAACCACUGCACAAAACAAUCAGAAUGGCAACUUUUUAUUUUUACUUAUUAUGAGCAUGUACAAAUACACAGAUUCAUUUGG